AUGCGCAGCGGCACGGAAUCGCUGGGGUUUGUGGAGGAGGACAGCUCUCAACCCCUGUCGCGGCAGCCAACGAAAGCACCUGUGGUGGUGCCAAAACGGCCACGAAUCAACACCAUGCCGCGCUUGCAUUCACCUAGCCUGCAGACCGCCAAAGCAGCUGGCGCGAAGCCUCCACUGCACAACUCGGCGUCCGGUGCCGCGGCAGGUGGCACCACCGCACACCCGUCUCAGUCCGCAGCCGCUAGCAAGCUGGCGAAGGUCGACAUCAUGUCCGAUUCAGAAACCGACAGCAUUUUAUUUGCCGUGGAGGACGGCUCAGCGGCGAGGAUGCCGGUGCGUUCAUCCACAUCGCCGAUGGCGCUGCCGGCGGCUCGGCAGAGCCUCAUUAGUGCAACACCUGCCGGGCUGGAAAAACGACUAAGUCACGCCGGUAGCAUCGGGUCCAUUCAGUUCAACUCAGAGCCGGGCAGUCGGGGUGCAUCCCCUGGUCGGAAGGCUCGCCUGAAUCCUCGUGCUUCGACACCCGUGGAAAAGGCGGAGGCACGAGCCCCACCGCUCUCCAUUGCCAGAUGCUGUGUUCCUACCGACACCAGCAUCAGCUUUAUUGAGCACAGCUUGGAAAGCAUAGAGUUCGGGUUCUCCCCGCUGGUGCAGCCCGAGCCAGAGAAGUGCACCGCCCCAGCGAAAAACAUCGCCCUUCCGCUCCCUCCUCUCUCACCUGUGACCGGCGAAGCAGCGUCCGCGGGAACAGCAGGUCCGCAUUCGACAUUGAACGAGGACAGUAUUGCUUUCCAGACCGAGGACGAAAACGACUGUAUGCACAGCAUCGGCACCCCCGCCUUUCCCCAGAACCGAAGCCUUGUGGCGAUGAACAGCGGCAGCAUUCCUGCCAGGCGCGACGGUUACUCUGUCUCUGUCCUGGAAAGUUGUGCGGGUGACUCUGUGGAUAACGACAGCAUCGCUUUCAUGCUGGAAGACGACACGAACGACAAGAACUUGCAGUUGGGGGCGACUGCUGCGUACCCGCUGAAGCGGGACACCGGGACGCCGAAGUUGUCGUCGGCGCACCGCUCCCACUCGCUGCACAGUCGCCCGCAGUCGCGGCCGCUGAGCCCGUCGAUUCAGUUUGACAUAGAGAACACAGGUAACGGGAGUGCCGUGGAGCGCUCCGACACGCUGCUUGGCGGAUGUGCUACUCAGCCGCUCGCCGCAAGCAAUCUGCCGAUAUUUGGUCGCAGCUCGACUCCAACGUCGUCGCCGAUUCCGGACGCCCUCCCCAGCAGCAGCAAUGCGGCGCUGGGCAGCACAGCGGGCGUCGGUGUUCUUGAUGCCGCUGGAGAGGCUGGCACGGCGUCAACACCUUCGCCGACAGCCUCGCAACUGGCCAAGAAAACCAUCGUGACGAAUCGCCUCCAGCAGCCGAAGAAGCAGCACUCGCGUCUGCCUCAACCGCGCAGGCGUGCCCCCGCACCAGUCGUCGGGGACGGAAAGCCGUCUCCUGCGCGCAGCGCCACGCACCCGCCACUGUACCAAAGGGCAGCGGUAUUCACCCCUCUCGACGCGCAGGCCUCUGGGGCGCCGUCGGUGUCGCCUACCGGAGGCUCGAAGAGCCGCUCUGCCUCCUUGAGCGACCGCAACGCGUCAAGGAAGAAGGGCGCUCGGGUGCCCUUGUCUCCUUUCCCCACGCACGAGGAACAGCGAGGACGGCUGAAGCAUCGGUCGAAGGAGUCCACGGCGUGCUGGACAACGGAUGAGUCGCCCAAUGACCGACUUGUCACGGAGGAAGGCAGCACCGGGUCCAUGGAUUCGCCACCCGAGGCUCUCGUCACGGGGGCCCGAAGUCACACCUCAACGGCGGCCGCCUCUGCCACCGCCUCACCGACGCAGGCGAUCCACAUGGCGUUCCCGACACCCGACGGUCGACGCGUCCCCCAUAGCUCUGCUCAGGUGUAUUCUGCCAACCAGGACGUAGGGAACCAGUGUUACCGACAUCACCAGCAGCUAAACCGAGAUGCAAACCCCGUCACAGCCGACGACCACGCGUACGCGCUUGAGAUGCGGGGCGAGCUCGUCACUGGCGCCUUUGAAGAGGCGGAACAGUGGCGGCAGUUUAAUGAGCGGCAACGCGCAGAACUGGUCGAGCUGCGCAAGCGCAUCGCCAUUGCCCGUCGACAGGAUCGCACGCUGCUGGAGAGCUCGCCGUCGCACGAGAGGAAAGCCCUAAUGCCUGCCCCCAGCAGUCGUCGCUUCGUCCCGCAGCCAACGCCGAUGGGGGAUGGAUACAGCAGCAGGAGGCCGCGAUCACAAGGAGCACUGCACCGAGGUGAGGCGCGUGACAAAGACGCCAAGUGCGGAGGUGCACAAGGCAACCCCUUCAGAGAGGCGCGCGGGACGUCACCGCCGACAGGCAGCGCCAGACGUCUUCAGGCAUCCGUCCAAGGCGCCUACGCCCCCGCCGCUGCGGCGAAGCCGUCCCCGUGUCCGGCUCACCGGACCGGGUCUGCCGUGUCACCUCCGAGCCCUUACCCGCGCGCCACAUCCGCUGUGCACGGAGUACCUUCUGAUAGCAUCGUGCAGUCGGCGGCAGCGGCCUCCGUCGCGGACCUUCUGGGCAUUCUCUGGCCUCCUCGUACCGCCGCUGCAAAUCCCUCGCAGCGGCGCUCGCACACCAUCGGCGCCUUCGCAGUGGAAAACGGCACCCCAGACGUGGACCUGUACUUUUUGAAUGGGUCGCGGCUCACUCCAGCGCAAGUCGUGCGCUUUCUCGACCUCGUUCGCGUGCACAGCGACGCUGAGCCCCACACGGCUUCAGCAGCUCCGCCCCGGGCAAGCGUGGUGGGGGCAAUGGAGGCCCUCGCUCCCACCACGCUUCGUCAGCAGGCGGCGCCUUCCUCCCUCACUGUGUCGGCGAAGCGUGGCGGCAAUGACGUGUACGUCGACCCGACAGACUUCUACGCGUUUGGACGCUCGAUUCCUCGCUCAUCGUCGCCGCCUCGCGAUAGCCGCGCAGCCCCGCUUUCCGCGAAGCUCACGGCACUGCUCCCCAAGAAGGGGAUUCGCCGCAGUCGAGUGCUGCGGGAGGUGUUUGACGCGAUGGACCUCAAGCGGCAAGGCAGCAUCGCGCUGCACCAUCUUCCGUUGUUGGCUCGCUUGUUUGAAGUCGAGCUUUCCUCCAUCGAGCACACUCGUGCAUCACUUCUGCAAGGCAACGCAAUGUCACUGAGGUCGUUGCUGGAAUCCGCAGUGGCAAGCCGACAACUGCACGCCACCUCGUGGAGAGGUGCACGCGAGAAUGUCGCUGCUGGCUCCCAGCGGGGCCUGGACGCUGUUGACGGUGUCGCGCUCCAUUACGCCGGACUCACCCGGGACGAGCAAGCGAAUUUGACGCACCUCACGCAUCGCCUGCUGCUCUUGUCUUUUGCCGUGAACGUCGUCAUUCCCAUUGCUUCGGUCAGCCGCAUUCCUCUGCUGGACUUCUCGACGCUCAGCAUGAUCGUCUACGCCGCCGUCGACAGCGUCGACCAACCCAUGGGUUCGCCGAAGGGGGAGUGGCGGCAAGUGGUGCAGCAGUACUUUAUUGCGCUGGCUGCGUGA